UUCUACUUGUUAUUUAGUUGUUAGGGUGUAGGUAAAAAAACAACAACAAAAUGGCUAAAGUUAUGCUCGGUGAAUCGGAGAAGUGGUUUAUCAUACAUGGAAUCCAGGACGACAUGCGUAAUGAUGGCAGGUCUUGUGAGGAUUAUCGUCACAUUGAAGUGGAAACUGGGGUAGUUUCAAACACACAUGGAUCAUCAAGAUUACGAUUGGGAAGUAGUGAGCUCUUAGUUGGUGUGAAGGUAGAACUCGGAUCUCCUGAUCCUAAAGCACCAAAUGAAGGGUUAAUUCAUUUCCAUGUUGAUUGUUCCCCAAAUGCAGAUCCAUCCUUCCAAGGGAGAGGUGGGGAGGAUCUCAGUGCAAAUAUAUCUUGUAUUUUAACAAGGAUAUACUGCAAUAAGUCGUCCAUUGACCUUAACACACUUGGUAUCAUACCACACAAACAAUGCUGGGUUGUACAUGUAGAUGUGCUGAUAUUGGAAUGUGGUGGUAACUUGUUGGAUGCUGUAUCAAUUGCAGUGAAAGCUGCUUUGCAUAACACAGGGGUUCCGAACAUUCAAGUCACGGAUGGUGAUGAAGGAACACAAGAGAUUAGUCUUCCUGAUGAUCCAAAUGAUGUCAAAUUUAUAAAUACAGUCAACGCCCCAGUACUUGUUACAAUAUCCAAGGUUGGUAGUCGACAUGUGGUGGACGCCUCAUCUGAAGAAGAACUUUGUUGCAACGCUUCACUUGUGAUGGGAGUCACUAAGAGAGGAAGAACGACAGGGAUGCGGAAGAUGGGCGGAGGAAGUCUUGAUCCAGAAAGUAUCCCGGAGAUGAUUGAGACUGGAAAAAACAUUGGUCGCCAGCUUCAUAUUUCUCUUGAUAAGCUGCUCAAAACUGAGCAAGGAAUGGCUGAGGAUAUCGAAAAAGCUGGUUAUUUAUGACAAACCAAAGCUACUCUAAAGAAUUUUAGAAAUCAGGUUUUGUUUCUACUAUUGAAAAUGAUCAGUAUCGAAGCAUGAUGUGGCAUUUCCUGUGAAUGUCAACUGAUAGUGAUUGACAGUGUGAUGGCUCAUUAUUAAAGCGAAAGAAAGUUUUUCUAUUGUUGGCAAUAAUGUAUGCAAAACGUGUCAGUUUCAAUACACAACUUUCCAGUUGAA